AUGUCUCACAAUUCAGGCGCCGGAGCCCCUCCGGCUUCAGACACAGAGUUCCGCAAAACCUGGGACCGCGAAGAAUAUGCCAAAAAAGCCGCCGACCAAGAAGCCAAGCGCAAAGCCGAAGGCAAAGCCCGCUACGAAGCAAAACUACUCGGCAAGAAAUACCAUGCGCCAGUCGACUAUAGCUCCCUCGAAGCCACCACAGCGCGCAGCAAGCGGCUAGAUGUGGCGUCGAUGGUGGGCAAAACAACCAUUGUACCGGCGGGAUCGGCGCUGGGAAAGCGUGGACGUGGAGCGGGAUUCUACUGUUCAGACUGUGACUUGACGUUCAAGGAUAAUAUUCAACUUGUGGAGCAUUACAAUAGCAAGCAGCAUUUGAUUGCGACGGGGCAGAGUGGAGAUGUAAUGCGAGCUUCUGUGGAGGAGGUGCGGGAACGGUUGAGAAUGCUUGCUCAUCGGAAACGUGUGAGAGAGGAAGAGGAGAGGAGGGCUUGGCAGCUUGAUCUGGGUGAGCGUUUACGCGAGCGUGAAGAGCAAGAUGCUAAGGAGCGGGAGGAAAGGAGGCGCAAGCGAAACGAGAAGCGGCGGAAAGGUGGCGAUGGUGUUAAGAAGGAAGAUGAAUGGGAAGGCCGACUGGGAAUUAUUGCUUGA